CCGGGAAAGGCGGGAAGGGAAAGCGACAGCACCGACAGCUUCGCUGCGGGGAUUUUUUUCCCCCCCCAACCCCACCCCCCCCCGCCUUGAACGGCUUCAGCGCCACCACCGAGCCGGGCACGCCCUGAGCGUCCGGCAUGGCCCGCACCAAGCAGACAGCUCGGAAAUCUACAGGCGGGAAGGCGCCCCGCAAGCAGCUGGCGACCAAGGCAGCCAGAAAGAGCGCGCCCUCGACGGGAGGCGUGAAAAAGCCCCAUCGCUACAGGCCCGGCACGGUCGCCCUCCGAGAGAUCCGACGAUACCAGAAAUCCACGGAGCUGCUGAUCCGUAAACUCCCUUUCCAACGCCUGGUACGGGAGAUUGCGCAGGACUUCAAAACCGACCUGCGCUUCCAGAGCGCGGCCAUCGGAGCCCUGCAGGAAGCCAGCGAAGCGUACCUCGUGGGCCUCUUCGAGGACACCAACCUGUGCGCCAUCCACGCCAAGCGGGUCACCAUCAUGCCCAAGGACAUCCAGCUGGCGCGGCGCAUCCGCGGCGAGCGCGCUUAGGGCACGCGGAGCCGGGCGGUAGGAGAGACUCCAGGGUGGGAUCGAGAAAAUUUGGGGAGGUUUGGGGGGGGAAAACUAGGGGGGGGGUGAUGUUUCUCCUGCAUAAAGCCGACUCCGAUCCCAACAGCCAGGGCAAACCAACACUUCCGAGGGGUUUGUGAAACUUUGGGAUUCUUUUUCCCCCCUUUUUGUACACUUCUUGGUUUUUGUUUUUUUUUCCCUCUCCGAGCAGCAAAAAAAUAUGGAAUUUGGGGCUGGGAAGAGGGAGGGCGGGGGCACUUUUUGCAAACCUGGGUUUUCUACACAAUCCUCGUGUAUUUUUUGGGUGUAGACAGAGGAAUUUUAGGGCCUUCGGCUCCCAUUCCUGCUCCUGCCGGCUCUUCUCCGUGCGUUCCAGCUUUGUACCCUCCAUGAUGGAAUAAAGGAAACUCAUCCAUGUG